GGAGGAGGCUCAUGUAGGGCACAGAUAGCAAUAUGUAGCAGAUGGGCUGAAUGAUCUGUUUCUGUUCAGGGAAUUGUACACACGUUUCUGUGGCUCCAGGAACAUGUGGGUGUACCUCAAUCUCUAGCAAUGACUGGCAGUGAACUCACUGCAUUAACCCCCAGCUUACUUUGAGCAGGAAGGAAGUGAGACCGCUUUUGUUGCUUAUGUUUCCAGUUCAUUCUGGUCUUAUUUCUUCCGGCAACAAUCUCCAAUCCUCUGCUAACUCAUUCUUGCUGGGGCUUUUCUGCUACUCUCUGCCUCUGAAACAGUUUCGCUAUAGUCACAAGCUGGGUGCUAGGCCUUCCUACAGAAGCUGGUUCGCGAGGGGAGCAGCUGUCAGAGUUCAGAAUGAUGUUGAAGGAUGGGUAUCGAGCUGGAUUUUAACACCAUCCACAUCUUGAGGAGGAGCAAGAGCUGAAAGAUUCCCAGCUGGGCUGUAACAUGGCCUACAAUUCCAGGAAGUUUUACAAAAGGAUAAAGUUUUUCCUCGUCAUCUGUUGUUUUGCACUUCCCUCAUACUUUCUGUACAGCCGCAGCCUGGUGAAGGAAGGACCUCCGUGUUUGAGGAAAUCCUGUGCCUGUGAGACGUGUAUUUCAGACCAAGGGAUCUCUCGUUGGUUUGAUGUGCGGUUUAAUUCGAGUAUUCAGCCACAUUUAACCAGCAGCAAUGAAAAGAUCCCUCAGGACAUCCUCCUGUGGUGGUUGGGGUUACAGUCCAGGCAUCCGAGGCUGAGUAUGAUGUACAGCAGGCUUUUCGAGGUCAUGCCUAAGUUCGAUCCUAUAAAGACUGGCCAUUCCUGUAAUUGCAGGAGAUGUGCCAUUGUUGGAAAUUCUGGGAAUCUCAAAGGAUCAAGUUAUGGGCAGUUGAUUGACUCACAGGACUAUGUAAUAAGAAUGAACAGGGCAGUGACCAAGGGACAUGAGUCUGAUGUCGGCAAGAAAACCACACACCACUUCAUGUACCCAGAGAGUGCCAAGGACCUCGAGCCCAACGUGCACCUGGUGCUGGUCCCAUUUAAACCUCAUGACCUAAUGUGGUUUGCGAAUGUCCUUAUGAACAAAAACGUCUUUCUGACACACAGGAAACUGAAAGGUCACAUUACUGCUGAUAGCAACAAGGUCAUCAUCUUUCAUCCCAGCUUCUUUAAGUAUGUCCAUGACGAAUGGACCGAGCACCAUGGAAGGUACCCAUCCACUGGGAUGCUGGCUCUCAUCUUUGGGCUCCACAUCUGUGAUCAGCUAUUGGUAUUUGGCUACGGUGGGGACAGGAACGGCAACUGGCAUCACUAUUGGGAAAAUAAUCGAUUAGGUGGAGCAUUCCGUAUAACAGGAGUACACAACGCAACCUUUGAGAUGAAUGUCAUCACCCGUUUGGCAGAAAUUGGGAAAAUUCAACUAUACAGGGGCACACCUGCAGCUUCCUGAACUGAAAUGGAACUCUCACCAAACUAUACAGCUAUUCAUUGCAGAGGCUCGACCAGUUAGAAUGCACAGAAACAAUGCUGACAAUUGAAAAACCUAAGACUGAUAGAACCAGAGAUAGGAGGAACUGCCGAUGCAACAUCAGCUUUCCUGCUCCUCUGAUGCUACUUGGCCUGCUGUGUUCAUCCAGCUCCACACCUUGUUAUCUCUAAUCGAACCAGUUGUUUUCUUCUGCUGGAGUUCUGUAAACAUCAGGUGAAGUAUUUUAAGGUGAAUUGAUGGUUUUGAGAACAUCAGUUGCAGUUGCUUUGACUUAAAUUCUGUCCCCAAACAAAAAUUGAUCUGUAAAAUUAAUGGCCCCGAUCCCUCAUUCUGGAUCAGGUGGCCAUGGACUGGCAGGAUCCCAAAGCACAGACUCUGGUGUUUUGUGUUAUUUAAUCAUUCGGUGUAGACAUCAAUGGCUUGACCAACAUUUGUUAGCCAUUUCUAAUUGCUGUUGAGGUGAUGAGCUGUCUUCUUAAACUACUGCGAUGCAUUAUGUGUUUAAAAUAUAACGAAGAUGCUUUCAGCCAUUUCAGUGGGCAGUUACGUGUUAACUACAUGCAGGCCAGACUGGGUAAGGACAGCAGAUUUCUUUACCUGAAGGGCAUUCACAAAGUGGAUGGGUUUUUAAUGGCACCGGGUUGUUUUCAUGGUCACCUUUGCUGAUAUAAACUUUUUAUUCCAAAUUUA